AUGAGGGACGGGAAUGGAAGGCAACUUAAUUUAGUUCAAGGGACUGGAGCCGGGGAGGUUGGGCUCAACAGUGUGCUCGGAGGAGCAGUUUUUGUUACUUGCAUCGUUGUUGGGGCUGUUUCACUUUGUGUUGCGCAACAGGACGUCUGGAUUGAUAACAAGUGUUUUGUAAGGGAUAUUUUGUUUUUCAUCUUUACACUUACGGCCCUUUCAUUGAUCUUGUUUGUUGGAAGUCUGUUUUCCAUGGGAAAUCAAGAGGAUGAGUCCAUGUUUUGCUCAUUGCUUGAGGUUGAAACCGAGAGGAAUGCGCACCCACAUGCCUUGUUGCUGCAGUGGAUAUGGGCUACUAAUGUGGCAAUAUACUCCAACCAAGCGACACUGAUCAAUGACGGAGACAAGAAUUUGUGGGGAUGGAAUGAGGAAGAUACGGAAGCACAUCGGCCAUUGUUUUCAUUUUCGAAGCUAUGUUCUCUCAUGCACUUGCCGUUAACAGUUCCAAGGCUACUCACUAUUCCGUUAGUAGACGAAGAGAACUGGUCUAAGGUAUAUGCUGUUGGCUGUGCCUUAUGUGCACCAAUUCUUCUUGCAUUUCUAUGGAAUACUCAAAAUGAUAUCAGUUUUGAGAGCCGGAUAAUUGCAUAUCUAGUAGGUGUUUCGGUUGGUUGCAUGCUCUGUGUUCUUGCAUACAAGAACACUAGGCCUGAACACCCUUCUAACAAAUUCUUGCUCCCUUGGGUUUUAGGAGGGUUUUUGAUGAGCAAUGUUUGGUUCUACAUGAUAGCUAACGAGCUCGUGGCUCUGCUUGUUGCAUUUGGUUUGAUUAUUGGUGUCAACCCUUCAAUCCUCUGUCUGACGGUGUUGGCUUGGGGAAACUCAAUGGGAGACUUGGUUUCAAAUGUUGCAUUGGCAAUGAAUGGUGGGGAUGGUGUGCAGAUUGCCAUGUCUGGAUGCUAUGCAGGUCCCAUGUUCAACACAGUCAUUGGAUUGGGUGUCUCGAUGCUGCUUAGGGCCUGGUCCGAGAAACCUGGUUCUUUUACAGUCCCCCGAGAUGCAAGCUUGUAUUACACUCUAGCAUUUCUCAUGACAGGACUCACUUGGGCAUUGGUGGUUUUGCCCCGAAAUCAUAUGCGUCCCAGCAAGAUGCUCAGGGCAGGCCUCAUCGCCAUAUAUCUGAUAUUUCUGUGUUUUCGGCUGGGAUCUGCUACUGGUUUCAUUCCUAUGGCUGGGCUUAAUUGAUUUCAUUAGGCAGCUGGUGUGUGGAUACGUCACGGCUAAGGAUGUUCUUGAAUUAGUUGAGGAACAAAUACUAAUGGGUGAAAUCGUUGAGAGGCUUUGGAGGGGCCAAAUGGGUACUACUAUUGGCAAAUCAAGUGCGGCCUUAUUUGAUAGUCACAACCCACCAAGUGGGCUUGAUACCGUUAAACUAAAACCAAAAAGAGAUGCCACCUGGAUUGUGGUUAUUAUAUUGAGCAUCACUUCAGCUGC